UUAUUUUAUUUAAUUUCCAUAGAUCUGUUGCACUAAAUGUGAUAUCAGGCAUGAUGUGUACUAAAGGAAACCCACUUGUAAACUAUAUAUGCAAGUGUAGAUGUUUAUACCCUGCUGUUGUUGUAAAACAAGGACGUCAACUUGCAACACAAACAAGCAGAAUAUACAAAUCAGAGUCAGAAUUUGCAUACUUAAUUAGAAGCAGCCAUGGAAAGAGAACUAAAUUCAACUUUAAAUUCCUGAGAUCUUUAUCAUUAUCAUCAUCAUCGCUCUCAACAGUAAGUUCUAAAGUGCAGCUAACUAAGAAGAUGUACCCAGGCCUUAAGCGUGGUCCUUUUGCUGUCCUGUCUCAAGCUGAUUUGAAAUAUUUUGAAGAACUUUUACCUGGAAGAGUGGUAACCAACUCAACUGACCUUAUGGCAUAUAACACUGACUGGCUUAACAUCUGUAGAGGUUCUGGUCAGAUGCUUUUGAAACCAACAACAACAGAGGAAGUAUCUAAGAUACUUGCUUACUGCAAUGAACGUAAACUAGCAGUGGUCCCUCAAGGUGGAAAUACAGGACUAGUGGGUGGAAGCGUUCCAGUAUUUGAUGAAAUAAUUCUUUCAACUGCCUUGAUGAACAAUAUCAUCAGUCUGGAUCAAAGUGCAGGUUUGUGUUUGACAGAUGAUCAAUCAUACACUGUAGAGGGUCUGAAGAUCUGCUGCCUUCUCCUGCCGCCACCGAACAGGAAAAAACUUUACCUACUCCUGAAACUCAUGACAAAGAUGGUGAAUAAUAAGGAGCUCAAUUUGAGCCAACACAUGAAAAUGAUCAUCUUUUACAAACAUUAUUAUUAUUUGUACGAUUUGCUUUCUUUAGGUUGUUCAUCAUUUGAUCAGGUUUUGAAAACAUUGCAGAAGAGUAAAAACUUACUGGGAGAAAUUUUAUCAGCCUAUGAAUUCAUGGAUUAUGAAUGCAUGGCAAUAGUAACCAAGUACCUGGGGCUGAGCAACCCUGUUGGCAAUUAUCCAUUUUAUGUUCUGAUAGAGACUUCAGGAUCAAAUGAGUCUCAUGACCAAGAGAAACUGAAUCAUUUAUUGGAAGUUAUUAUGUCAGAUGGAACAGUAGAGAAUGGCACACUAGCCAUGGAUGUUACACAAAUACAGAGUCUAUGGGCAUUACGAGAACGUAUCUCUGAAGCACUGAUGCAUGACGGGGCUGUUUACAAGUACGACAUAUCCCUUCCACUUGACGUCUUCUACAACGUCGUGCAAGAUAUGAGAGAGCGAAUGAAAGGUGUUUCAAAGCGUGUUGUUGGGUAUGGUCAUGUUGGUGAUGGCAACCUGCAUUUGAAUGUUACUGCACCAGAACUAAGCAUGAAAAUUUUAGAUUUAAUUGAACCAUACCUUUACGAAGUUAUAGAAAAAAAUAGGGGAAGUGUCAGUGCUGAGCAUGGUCUUGGCUUUAAGAAGAAGAAUUUUAUUGGUUACAGUAAGAAAACAGAAGUUGUGAGUAUGAUGAAGGAUCUAAAAAAAUUAUUUGAUCCUAAUGGAAUCUUGAAUCCAUAUAAAACAAUUCCCAAAUAAAACAUAAUUAAUUUUUCUAAA